AAAUUAUUUCUGCGAUUGUGUUUACUUCACGUUUCGCAAAAACGAUUAGCAGACAAGUUUGUGAUAUUGAUAAUCGCUGCCUAACACGUGUUUUUUUUUAUCUAUGGUGAAAAAUACGCGGGAAGUAGAGGUUUCCUACGAUGUCUUACACUGACCAUGAAUUCAAAAAUCUCGCGCUAAAAGACAUUCGUAUUCACCGAGAAAGAAUCCAACAGUUUUUGGAUGCCACUUACAACAAAGCUGAUAAGGCCGUUGAACAUCUAUUUGUCAACGGCAGCCAUCGAGAUGUGUUGGAAAAUCUUGAUAUGAUGAAUACUGUACUCAAGGAAUGCAGAGAACAGUUGGCUAUAGUUGCCAAUGCAAUCCCAGAUGAAAAACUGAAUUUCUCCCACAAUCAAGUAAAUCAGGAAGCAACAGGUUCUGUUUUUGACCUGGCUGUACCCAAAACAAGUAUUGUGUUUAAUAAACCAUACUUGGUUGAAAUUCUUUCACCUGGUUCACCAAGCAGAUUUUGGCUUAAGCUAGAAUCUACUUCAGUUGAAAGUCUUGAAGAACAACUCAGCAUUGCCUAUCGAAAUUGCACCCCAUUACAGAAGCUGCCUUGUCCUGGCACUUUUGUUGUUUGUUUACACUCGGGAAAGUAUUGCAGAGGAAAAGUGAUAACCACCAUUGAGUACAACACUGCUACACCCACCCUGGAAAUCAUAUUGGUUGAUUAUGGUGAAACCAUUGCAACUACAGUUAACCAGCUCUAUUCUAUACAAAAAUCGUUCUGUCUUGAACCUGCUCAUGGCUUGUUAUGCGCGAUGCACGAUUUAGAACCAGUGGCGGAGAUAUGGGAACCGGACUCCAUUUUGUUCUUUAAUCAGUCAUGCGAAAGCAUAGUGGCAGUCUUCCGUCGUCCUCCUAAAGAACACGAGAAUACCGAGACCUUCUUGAAUUACCUACCAGAUUAUUACGUGUCGCUCCGUAAUAGAGAUUGCAAAAAAAUUAUGGAUGUUGCAACGGCUAUGAUCAAAGGGGGAAUGGGAAAGCCGUUCAACCCGCAUCAGUUGUCGCACGCAAUUUCCUCCGAACCCGUCAUUAACGAACCUCCUCGUAUUCAAGAAUCUGUACUAAAAAGUCUCUCAUUUGAGACGGAACCGAAAGAAAGUUUGUCAAAGACAAAUCUUUCGUUGAAAAGCAGUUACGAAAUCCUAGAAUCUGAUGCUCUACCAACUAACAGGUCAGCGUCCAACGUUUCCUUGCCUACAGAUUCCGCAAACGCUUUUCCCACAUCCCGGAGUAAUAGUACGCUUUCGGCCAAUCAUAAAUCUGUGCGUACAAACUCGCUGGAUGUCAAUGCACAAGAAUUCGUCAUCUCCAAGCCGAAGUUCGUCGAAAACAAGCAACGGAAUGCUGAGGAAGUAACUACAAAUCGUUCGUAUCAGGAUGAAAAUGAAAUGGGAACCUCGUAUUCCGACUCAGCCAAUGUAGCACUGUCCUCUGCAUCAGAUCAGAAUGCCAAAAUCCGUGCAAUUCCGAGCACUAUCUCUACAACGAAGAAUAGCUCUCCUGCCACAUUAACAAAUAAUGUGACGGAUGAUAUUGAUGCCCUCCUUUUCGUACCUCCUGCCAACAGGGCAUCACCCCUGCCAUCGUAUACGUCAGAUCACAACUCAUCGGAUGCGAUUCCUUCGGAUGUGCUGUCCCGCGAACUAUCCGAUCCCUUACUGAUGCAGCAAUUUUUAGAUUGCGUUAGUUUGUCAACACCCAGCAUUCGCCAGUCCUUUAUUGAGAAUACUCAUGGUGAUACACACAGCCUUACCGCAGGAACAUCUGAAAUCCGCUACCUAGAGCACCAAGUAUCUCCCUGUGACAUGUUUAGUCCAAGACGAGAAUCGAAAAAAACUCUAAUCUCAUUGAGCUCAUAUGGAUCAAUUCUGAAACCACGAGUCUCACCAGCACUUGGAAAUUCAUGUUUAAACACACUUAGCUGCUGUUUCUCGCACGUGGUAUCGCCGACUCAUUUUUAUGUGCAUCUACGCGACGAGAUUUCAACUGUCGUCAAGCCGCUGUCCGAACGUUUGAAUGAGUUGUAUGAAAACUCAAAACCAGUGCCUGUUACUCAGCCGGAGGUGGGAUCGUUUUGGGUCGUACAAGAAACGCAAACGAAAUUUUGGUCACGUGCACAAAUUCUUAGUGUUGAGACCAACGAUGAAAUCGGAUGGAAAACAUCGGACAAAAUCAAGCAUAGAACAACUUGUACCGUCUUUUUAGUCGACUGGGGGAACGUCGACGUUGUCGCAGUGUGUCACUUAAGACCCCUAGUCAAAGAAGUCGUGAAUAUACCUUGCUUGGCACUCCACUGUCGGCUUGACGGCAUUUACCCUUUUAAAAAAUCGGAGAAUUCUGAAGACUGGUCGUCGGACGCAACCGACAAAUUCAUCGAACUAGCGGGCAUCGAUCAAGAGUUAACGGCCUUGUUCAGUUCGACAAACUUAGAAAGAGACGGUGCACUUCCACUCGUCAUGUUGAAAGAUGGCGACGAUGAAAAAUACUCGGUGAACGAGCAACUUGUUUUUCUUGGCUGUGCGUCUUCCAACGUUUUCCAAGAAGCACUUAAGGAAUCUGUUCUAGAUGAAGUUGAACCAGAUUGGGGUGAUCCCAUGUACGACGACUAUUACUCUUCCAUGAAUACUCUUGCGCUGAAUACGGAAAAUUACGACUCGGUUACUACGGGUUACAUUCCUAAAGAUGAGGAGAAAAUUUGUCGAUUUUUUGCAGCGAAAGGAAGUUGCUACAAAGGUAUCCGGUGUGAUCAUUUGCACAGUAACGAACGGAAAAACGUUUCGACGGAAGAUACAAUUGAAGUUUACGUCCAUAUACCUUCUUUGCAUUUGGUCUCGGGAUCCCUGGUUCAUGUACAGGUAACGUGCGUCCUUGGCGCAUUUCGAUUCUAUGGCAUCUUUCCUCAUGGUACGAGAAAUUUGCAAUAUGCAUUCGCCGAUGAUGAUGACAAUGAAACGCUGGAGUCUUUGCAAAAAGCUCUACAAGAAGAGUACACCACCAAUUACUUCCCACAUAGGAUUACCAUAGCUCCAUCUGCUGGCGACAUUGUUAUCGCUCGAUCUCCAGAAGACAACAAGUGGUAUCGUGGAAGAGUGAUGGAGGAAGGAGAGAACGAUUUUUUCGGAAUCUAUUUCGUAGAUUAUGGGAAUGCACAGUUGGUGCAUAUGAGGAACUUGUGCAACCCUAUACCACGAUUCGUUCAUUUACCAACUCAAGCAGUUGAAAUGUUUCUGAAUGGAGUCGAAACCUCAGCAAAGGCCAGCACAAUUGAAACACAAAAUGUGCUAGUUUCGUUGACAAAGAACCGAGAUCUCGUGGCAAGAGUAGUUCACACCGUCCCCUUUGUGUGCGUCGAUCUUUACGACACUUCUGGUCCUUCAGAAAUCGACGUUGCAUCCGAAAUGAUUCGCCUGAAAGUUGCUCGAAAAGCCAAAAGGAAACCAUUUUGUCUGCAGAAACGAGGAAAAGAAUUUGCUGGUUGAAACGAUUUCUGCUAAGCUCAGCGUAAGUUAUUUAUUUGUGCCUUUAACUACUUGUGUGAUGCAAUUUCGCAGUAUCCCGGGUGCAAACUGUUGUAAUAGCAUAC